CACGAGCAAAUCUAAUGAACCGGCAUUACUUCGAAGUUUGCAGUGGUACGGGAAGGAGUGUUUCGGUGUCGAGGGGUGCAAAGUAAUUGGUGUGAGAAGAUAGUAGAGAAAUUUUGCCUGUUUCGGGUACUGAGAUUGGUCACGGGAUAUUUUACAGACCUUGACACGACAUGGCUCCCAACACAAAGUCUGAGGUUGCCGGACCAGGCGAUGGUUAUGAUGAAAGUAGUGAAAGCCGUUCCGUAGUGAAGGAAAUUCUUUACGAAGGCAAUUACUACGAUGUCACAAACUUUAUUAAAAGACAUCCCGGAGGCUCCAUUAUCGAAUACUAUGUCGCACAUGGUGAAGAUGCAACCCACGCGAUGCAACAGUUUCACCAACGUUCCUCCAAAAAGAUUAGGUUGAUGCUGCAGUCGUUUAAGAAGCGUCCAGCAACUGAUAGACGCAUGAUUCUUGGAGAGGAGAAGCUCAAACGACACCAAGCACUCACCGAAGACUUUAACAAACUGUACCUCGAGUUGGAAAAGGAGGGCAUGUUCCGACCGUCCUAUGUCCACAAUAUUUAUCGCAUUUCUGAAAUUAUCGCAAUCGGAUAUGUCGGAUAUUUGCUCCUCUUUUCACAAUCCUACUUGAUCAAACUUCUUGGCUGCUUGCUACUCGGACUCGCACAAGGACGAAGUGGAUGGGUUCAACAUGAAAGUGGACAUCACUCACUUACCGGAAACCCAAAAGCGGAUCGACUUAUUCACGCAGUCAUUUUUGGUUUGGGGCUCGGGCUUUCUUCAACUUGGUGGGCGAGAGGACAUAAUCGACAUCACGCCAUGCCCCAAAGGCUCAAACAUGACGUUGAUCUCGACACGAUGCCAUUAAUUGCCUACAACGCAAGAGUGGUCAGCAAGAAGGAGAAAGGAAAAUCCUUCCUUAUUCAGAACCAGAUUUACUUAUUUUUGACCCUGGACACCCUGUUGGGAACUCUUGCUUGGCAAUUAUACCUUCACCCCAAGUACGUUUUAAAGCAUGGCUAUUAUCUGCAAGCAAUAUCCAUCUUUGGGCAUUACGUGCUUGCAUAUCAGUGCGGAUUUCUUCCUUGGUUGAUAUCAACGUGGGCCUUGUCCGCCUAUCUGUUCGGAAACUUUGCCCUGUCGCACACUUUUCUUCCAGUGACUGAAGAUGUCACUCAUUGGGUCGAGUAUUCACUCCUGCACACUGCAGAUGUCGAACAGCGACCCUGGUGUAAUUGGUGGAUGGGAUACUUAAAUUAUCAGAUUGAGCAUCACUUGUUCCCAACAAUGCCACAAUUUCGGCACCCUUUAAUCAAGGACAGGGUUAAAGCACUGGCUGAAAAGCACAACAUUAAAUAUUACGUGUAUUCGUACAAAGAAGCAGUUUAUCGGACCUUUAAAAAUUUGUCAGAUGUUUCAGAACAGCUUAAAGAAGCUUGAGAAUGAGUAUUCGAGACGUGUACUUAUAAAUCGGAAAGUAAAAUACCAUGAAGAAAUUAAUUGUUUGUUUUUUUAAUAAAAAAAUAUUUAAGACGUAAUUAAUUAGUUUAAAACAUUUAUUAUUAUAAUUGCAUUUGCAUACUAACGAUUUUAGCUUAUAUAGAUUAUCUUUCUCUUAAUGAUUUUUGAUGUAAUUACUCAUUUUUUAAAUGAAGACCGAGAUUUUGUUUCGA